AUGGCUCCAAGGAAGUCGGCGAAAGGCAAAAAGGAGAAAGCCAAGGACUUACCGAAAGAAAAAGCUGAGAGGAGGUCAACCUUACGACCUAGCAAGUCAAAAAACGCUAUAGCCAGCAAGGCUUUAGGCCACGACUCAAGGAAGGCUACCGCCGAGCUCAACCUGAAAUGCGCUGACGGACUAUGCGUUUCCUCCGAACUGUAA